UCCAAUCCACAUUGCCACACAUCAUGGCUACUCAAUUGACAAAGUUGACCAGCCCAUGCGAUGCCCAGAUACUAAUGCCUUGCUCUCACAAUAUUGUCCAUUAACGGCAAAGGCGCAUCACCACCAAUUGCAUAUCCAGAGCUUCUGGUUUGCCCUCUCUGGCCGUCUUUUGCGGGGUUUCGUGGGGAAUCGCGGCUCUAGCGGGGUUGUCGAUAGCCGUUUACGGAGGGUUGUGAGUUUAACACUAAGGCUUGAAAUUGCAAUGAUAAGGACAUUUGAGAUUAUUUACUCUUCAUCCGUUACUUGAAUGCGUUCCUCAUGGAUGAACCCUCUGUCAUCUGUUCACGGUAGCCAGAACGAACGAAUCCAGUCAUCAUCAUGCUGCUGCUCUCUCCCAUCACCUUGUUAGCGGCAGCAACCCUGCUAUUUGCCAUCCACUUGAUUCGACGCCUCACAUCUCCAUUGAGUAAAAUCCCAGGACCGGCAGUGUCCAAAUUCACCUCCUUGGUCCUCAAGUGGAAGGAGAUCAAGGCCCUCAGGACUGUCUACAUUCACCAGCUUCACCAGCAAUAUGGGCCCGUCGUCCGCAUCGCACCCAACGAGGUGUCGUUCACGUCUUGGGAAGCCUUGAAGGAAAUUUACUGCUCCGGAGGCAGCGGCUAUGACAAGACGGAAUUUUACGAUUUGUUCAAGAUCUAUGGCAGGAGGACCAUGUUCACCACAUUGAACAAGGCAGACCAUGCCAAACGUAAGAGGAUUCUCGCCGACCGUUAUGCUAACAGCAACGUCAUGAAGAGCGCUUCAGUCACGGGGGUCCAGGAACGGUCUUCCAAGUUUGUUCGACGGUGUACUUCUGCUUCAGGAGGUGUAUCAGACAUUUUUAUAGCCUUGCAUGCGUAUGCCUGCGAUUGCAUUACGCACCAUCUAUUCCAUCCCUACGGCACCGACUGCAUCACCAAGAAGGAAGACGAAGAAAUGAUGCACCAAGUAGCAGCAGAUGACAGCCUACAGAAUCGCCUCAUCUCACACUACGCCCCUACUUUGCAUCGUCUAUUCUCCAGGGUGCUCUACCUGUUUGCAAAGCCUCGAGAGACCCCCCUAGCCGACGACUAUGUCCUAGAGACCAGCCAGCUCAGCGGCACGGCCUCAUUCACUCUCAUGAGCCGCUUCGACGAAAAGACGGGCGACCUCGACUACAUUGACAAAGCAGCAGAGUGCCUCGACCACAUGGCCGCAGGCAUCGACACCACAGGCGACGGACUAUGCUUCCUCCUGUGGGAGCUGUCGCAGCCACGCUCGCUGGGCAUCCAGCGCAAACUAGCCGAGGAGCUGCGGGCGAACCCCGAGACGCCCUUUGAUAAGCUGCCCUUUCUCGAUGCCGUCGUCUGCGAAGGUUUGCGGUGCUUCCCGCCGAUCCCAAUGUCGCUGCCGCGGUACGUUCCUCAGGGCGGUCGCUCCAUUGACGGGUUUUGGUUGCCUGAGAAGACGGUUGUGAGCUGCCAGGCUUAUUCAGUCCAUCGGCUUAACAGCGAGAUAUUCCCCGAUGGAGAUGUGUUUAAUCCUGAACGCUGGCUGGAGCUUGAGGGAGAUGCAGACCGAAGGCGGAUCCAAUUUGCUUUUUCCAAUGGAGGACGGGGCUGCGUCGGGAAGCAGUAAGUCUUUCGUGCUCUCGAGAAGAUAAGACUAGACAAGGGAUAUCAUGGCUAAUUGGAUAAUGUUUCUAGUCUGGCCCUCAUCGAGAUGAAGACAUUGCUGCGGGAUGUUUAUUCCAAGUACAGCACGACGCCGCAUGAGUCUAUGCAGGAGGAGGCCAUGGCCAUGUCGGAUCAGCUCAUCUCGGCACGGCCAUUGGGGCAAAAAUGCCUU